AUGGCUGCAGCGGGCGAGGAGGGCAUCCCAGACGGAAGCGGUUCACGAGAGGCGAUGUUUUCAGCCAGAUUUGAUGGCAAGGAGACUGAGAGGCUGUUCCGGCAGGUUUACAGCAUCCUGAAGGAGCGGAACUACCCAGUAAUGAUGGAAGAAGGGGCAGGGGGGGACUUUGGGACGACUGCCAUCUUCCUGGGGCGACUCCGAAAGCACAAGGGUGUGAUGCUCUCCGUUUGCACCUCUCAUUACGGCGAGAUCACCAACUCCACGUACUCUUCCUACAACGAGGUGAAGUUUGCACAGGAUCACAACGUCGAGAUCCUGCCUCUCAGGAUGUGCGAGGACCCCUGGCCUCCUGAGCCGCCUUCGGGUCCGCAUCAUCCCUACGACAAGGAUGGGACGGCGGAAGGGCUCCUUGCCAUGGCCAUCCCACCAAGCAAGAUCUUUGUGGACUGCAGGGGAAGGGAUGCGAAGUGGAUCGCUGCCCAAAUCGCGCUGACGCUGCGCCAGAAGGGCUUCAACCCCGGGCCUUCACCAAGCACCGAGCGGUACAGCCAGCAAGAUGCCAAGGCCGUGGUCCGGCCGAGCGCUUCGCCCAGCCCCGCAGACGUCAAAGAAGCCGAGGACAAAGACAUCCGGCAAAUGCACUGGUAUUCACACUACCGACACACCCUCUUCCAGCUGCUGCAGACCCUCAUUGACGAUGGGGCAACAGGGGUGGUGGUGGUUGGCAUUAUGCCCACCCUCGAGAACAAGAUGACGUGCGAAGAGUUUCCCGUCCUCCAGCAGGACUUGCAAACGGCCUAUUUGCAGAAGAAGGCCCCGUUUUACUGGAACGGGGACCUGCAGUUCAAGUUUGAGGACAUCACCUUCAAGAGGGUUCAGCUUGACGACCUUUGCGACGAGCUCCGCAUCAGCACCAGAAGGAACAAAGCGGCCAUCAUUGCUUCGUGUUGCGCAGAUCAUGCAGAGACUGCUACGAAUGCGAUGCGCGAGCACAACAAGUCCAGACCUGAUGGGCACGGGAAGGUUUCUCGAGGAUGGGCGACCGCACAGGAUGUGUAUGGUGACCGAGGCAGCCAUUCAGCCUCCAAGGCAGCUUCGCCCAAGGAUGCCGAGGCUGCAGGCUUUCUCCCGUCACCACGCACCGCAGCAUCCACUGGGCCGGAAGCCAAGGGUGCGGAUCCUGGCGCCUCGUCAUCGACCCCGCAAGGGCCCAUCGCCGCAGCGCUGCGGAAAGGCAUGGCCGGCGGCAGCAAGGACCUUGCGGCGUCUGUUGCGGAUGCAGCAGCAACAGCAGAACCGAAGGCCCAGGGCCCCGGUGAAGAAGCCAAGGCCCUGGCCCCGAGCGCUUCGCCCAGCCCCGCAGAUGCCAAAGAAGCCAAGGCAUUCUGGGACCUGGGCCGAAAAGGCGGGGGCGAGCGCAACGGCCAGAGCUACUCAAAGAAGGCCUGCUUCGUGAAGGCAGUGGAGCUGGAUGAGAUGUAUGCGCUUGCGUGGAGAAACCUCGGUCUCGUUGGCGGUGGCACCGUGAAGGGCCAGGCUUAUGACGCAAAGGACCGGGCCUGCUUCGUGAAGGCAGUGGAGGUGGAUGAGAACUAUGCGAUUGCGUGGAACAGUCUCGGAAAUCAAGACGGUGGCACCGUGAAGGGCCAGGCUUAUGAUGCAAAGGACUGCUUCGUGAGGGCCCUCGAGCUGAACGAGAAUCCUUCGCACGAGCCCAUGUUCUGGCGAAAUCUAGGUGACGUUGGUGGGGGGACCGUGUGCGGCACCCACUACAGCCCCGACGAGUGCGAAGCCAAAGCCAAAGGGAAGUAG